AUGUUGUCAAGAUCUGAUCCUUGCGAGCACGGUGCCUUGGAGAUUGCUCUCCUACCAGAUAGCACUCUGUUCCAAAAUGUUGAGAACACAGCCAAAGCCAAGUUGGCUAAAGGCUGCUGUCUUUUGUGCUGCUUGGAUGUCGACGGCAAGCUGACUGUGGCGGAUGUUUCCGAAAGCAGCAUACCAGUGCAUACCUGUGAGGGUAAAUUUAUUGACUUUGCUUGGGAAGAGACGGCUGAGUUGUGCAGAUUAGACGGUAGCCCCAGACUCCUGGCUGUGAACUCCAGCUACAGCCUUACACUGUGUGUGGUGGAAGCAGAAGAUCUGACGACCGCUGUCACUGAGUGUUCAUCAGACACUCUCAUUCAGCUUAUCAAGGACAAGGACCCAAGUGUGACUGACAUUGUGUCGGUGAAGCUGCUGUCCUUCACUGACAGUCGCUGUGUCCUCCUGCUGAAUGCCUACACUCUUGUGCAGCUGUCCUGGGCAGAGGAUUCCUGUGAGCCAGAGCUCCUGUCCUGCUGCUGUAUAAGUUUGCCAGCUGAAGUCCAGGACACAUGUGCAGAUCAACAGCUCUGCAGAGGAAUGCUCUUUCUGCUGACUGGUCCUGGACUAAUAUAUGUGUUUGAUAGCCUAGAGGGCAGGCUCUUAGCCAGCAUUGACCUGCCCAGGUACCACUCAGCUCUUCAGAGCGAGACAGAGCCUGCAGUGUCCCUGUCGUCUUUCUGUCUCCUCCAGGUGUCACAUGAUCUUAGCACUCUUGUGGCCACAACCAGCCACAAUCUGGCAGUGGCAGUCGAUCUGAAUCACUAUUUCAGGACUCACUCAGACCACCUACUGUGUCAAGUCGACCCUUGUCAUCCUCCCAUCAAACCACUGGAACCUUGUGACCAGGACAGCCUGUCCAACUCUGCUUAUACUCAGUCUUUGCUAGGUACUUCCUUCCACACCGAUAGGUCAUGGGAAGCUCAGUUGACAUCACUGUACAAAAAAGCCAAAGCUCCAGCCAGUCAGCUUCCAGCUAUGCCGUGGUAUAGGGAUUUACCACAUGUGGAGUGUCAUCGUGCCGCAGCCACCGCUAAGCUUUCUCAUGGUGUCGUGCCGUCGGGCGGUGCUGUGAUGUGUUUUGAAGUGCCUGAGAGGGCUAUACCAGCCACACUUUGUGUCUCUGAGUUCUCUGCCGUGCUCACGUUUGUCCUCUCUGGGAACAGCAGCACCACUGUGGCCUUCUGGGACCUGGGGAGCGGGAAGGUGACCUACCACCGUGCCGAUGGACCUGCUGUACCAGUACAACGUAUGGCAGAAGAGGAACACCUUUCUCUGCUGCUCAAAAGCUGUGGUCUGUCUUUGGUGCUGUUUGUCGUGCGGCAGGAGGAGCUACUCAACAGGCUAAUGGUUUUUGGCAGUGCCAGCACAGUGGACUCUCUUUGUCACCUCAACGCCUGGGACCGCUGCUCCAUCCCUAUCCACGCCCUACAGGCAGGACUGAAAAAUCAUCAGCUGGACACGGUGGAUUUCUUCCUGAAAAGCAAGGAGAAUCUUCUGUGUCCCCCAGUGCAAACAUCCACCAUUUCAACACAAACCCAGUUAAAGAACGUGCGGGACAUGUGCCCAGCGCUAAACCUGCUCCAGUCUGCCAUCAGGGACACACACAAUGAAGCUCAGAGUCGUCAGUUUUCUGAGCAGCUGCUUAACAUCACACUUAACUUCCUCAACACACAAAUCAGGACGGUACUUUGUAGCUCUGAAGAGCUUGAUGCUAAUCUUCAGGAAUGUGUAGAGGUCCUAGACGGAUAUGUUACUGAGCUCCGGUGUUACAUGAAGAAAUUUCCCUGGCCAGGCGGGAGUGACAGUCAGAUACCUGUUCAUAGUCCUUCCCCGGCACCUGAUGUAACUGAAGAGGAGGAAUGGCAGUCACUUUCCACUGAGGAGGUCGUCCAGCGUGCAGUGCUGGGCAGACAGAUUGCGCAGGCGCAGGCGUUCCUGCGCAGGCAGGGCAGACCAGAGCAGAGCCUGAAGGAGCUGAGGAGAACGGGGUUGUUCCUGGCUCUCCGGUGCCUGAAGAACAAAGACCUUGAGCAGGCCAGCGCCCUGCUUAGAAACAUGGGCUUCAAUGUGAAAGAGCAACUCCACAGUAUUUGUCUGUACACAGCAGACCAGGACCUGAGGAAUUUUGUGGUGGAGGAACUGCGACAGCAGAACUAUCUGGCAGACGAAGAGGUGGAGAAAGUGGAAUUCAUCAAACAGAUUGAGAGCCUGUGCACGGUGCCAGCAACCAGGUGCUCCAAAGCGAUAGAGAAAAGCAGAGUUCUUCAAAUGCGCCAAUCUGAUAGUGAAUCUAAAAGCCUGGUACAAGAGCUAACAUGUGAUUCAGAGGCUUCUUCAUCACAGAUGCUCUGGGCCUCAGGGAGGCUGGACUGGGUCCGACACUGGGACAGAGACGCACAGAGCUCUGUUCUUCUGUCCAGACUACAGGAUCCCAUGGUCUGUUCUUGUGAUCCUGCUGUUCUGUGGUCAUAUCUCACUUCGAUUCAUGACCGUGUCCGGGUCACGCACUGGGUCCAGAACCUGGCUGCCCCUACUGCCUUGUCUCAGUGGCCUGCCCUUACUGCGGACAUCGUCAACAACCACACGCUGUGUAGCGGCUACAUGAGGGAUCAGAUACUAGACCUACUGGCCAGACAAGGAGUGUUUGUGCAGGCGGAAACAGCUGAUUUUGAGCAGCUGCUGUGGCGGUUGGGGCAAGCAGGGGGCGUGAUGCAGGAGAACAUCCCUGUCCCAAACUUCCACUCUGCUCUGGGCCUUGACUUCCAUGCCUGCUUCAUACAGCACUGCCUGGAGCAUGGACUGCGCUACCUUCUCUAUACCUACCUGGAGCACUACAGGUUAACACCCCAGAAUUGUCCUGCUGUCGGUGACAGAAGUUUGUAUGAGAUUUAUCCUUGGUUUGAAAUGAUGGUGAAACUGCAGGAGAUUACACGACAUAUAACAGACCCAGAAAAGGUGUUCCAGGCCAGUCUGACCAGUGCCCAGGUCCUGUUGCCGGGCAGCCAAGCCAGCAUUAGUAGUAUGCUGUUGGAGGGUCACAGUCUGCUAGCGCUGGCCACCAUCAUGUUUGCACCAGGGGGUAUUGACCAGGUGGUGAAGCAGGUGGAGAGGGCGUUGGACCCUCUUUACAGAGUCGACCCCCAGCUGCUAAAGAUGGCCCUGAGCCCCUACCCUAAACUCAAAUCGGCCCUUUUCCCUCAGAGUGGGUCCCGUGGCACAUCCGUCUCUGACGUCUCUGUAUACCACCUCAUGCAGUCUUUACAUCCAUUGGAUCCCUCCAGACUUUUUGGCUGGCAGUCUGCCAACACCUUAGGUUCCAGCGAAACUUCCACAGAUCUGCCCCAUUUUGCAAGCCCUCAUCUCGUCAACAAAUAUGCUCUGGUGGAAAACCUUGACUUUUUGUACUUCUUGCGCCAUGGGAGACCCUCCUUUGCCUACGGAACCUUUCUGGUGCAACAUCUGGUGAACUCCAGCAAUGUGAAGCUGCAUAUGGCUGCUGAGCAGGCCUACCAUCUGGGCCUGCUGAACUUCAGCGUGCGCCCUGUGGCUGCAGCCUGUGUCUGUUUCUGUGAGCUCCUGGGUGUUUGCAGCUUUAAACUGAGGUUGGAUCUCAGAGCACUUAACCACAUCCUGAAACUGUGGAGCCAGGGUGCUGAGGAGAGCAGCAUUCCCUCUCUCAAACAGUCUCUGGCUGACCGAGCGAGUAAACUUGUGGCUGAUGAGAGACAGACAGCUGAGGACUUGCUGGUGCAUUUGGAAAAUGCAGUGAGAGACAGAAUUGAGAGGAAAGGCAUCAGCAGGUCAUCGUAUGAGGCUGGUCAGGAGUGGGCAUUGCCAGUUGAAUUCUGCCACCAGCAUAAACUGCCAUUGAGUAAAGGCUACCUACAAGACUGUGCCAGUGGUGGCCACUGGCUUCAUUUCCUGCUGUUUGUGCAGCUGCACAGUUAUCCUCUACAGCAGGUACGAGCUCUGGCUGCCCAGUUUGGUCCCACCCUUCAGGCCCAUCUCUCCCUGGCAUUCCAGGACCUACAGCUGGUCACCCAGCAGAAGCAAGACAGGUCCCAGGCAGCCGAGGACAGCCCUGAGGCUCCCAAGGAGCUGUUCCAGGUGCUGCUCCAGAGCCAAGAACAGCCUUGUCCGUGGAGGUACCUGCUGGCAGAGGCCGUAGGCCAGCACUGCCCUCCUCUCUCUGUGCUGGCGGCAUGUCACAAGGAGUCUGACCCAAUCCAGUGCCUCUGUGUGUGGAUCCUGACUUCUGUAGAAGAUGAUAUCACCUUGGAAGCCACUGCCCACAUCAAAGAGAGUCUGAGGCAUCAUGUGUGGAAUGUUCAUGACCUGUCAAUGAUAUGGAAAACCCUCCUCAAGAAGUCCAAAAUUAGACCUCUUAUUCGUGGUUUCCAGUUGUUUCAGAGGGAAUCUCCUUUAAUCCAUAUGCUGCACAUGUACGAGCUUUGCUAUGAUUACAAGAACUACCAGGAGGCCAAGAACAAGCUGGUGGAGUUCCAGAAAUGUCUACUCAAUUUGAGAAACAGUGGCGUACCAGCCGCAGAGUUUAUCUCAGUGCAAUGGGUGGAGUGUCAAGCCUCAGUGCUCCUGUUGACCAUGAUGCAGCAGUGUGGCACACAGUAUGAGCUACGCAGGCUACUGCAGCUGUUGGCAGAUAUGGAGCGAUUUCUCAAGUCCAGCGGGCCAGAUUUUAAGAAGCUUAGUCUCCUGAGUCAGAUUCUUCAGGACACUUCUGUGUGUCUUUCUCCAUGCCUGCUGGAGAACUACUCCACCGCUGUCCUGCAGGUGGAGUGCCAGAACAUGUUAGAGCAGCUGCAGGACCUUGGUCUCUACAGUCAUGCCAGGCAGGUGGCCGAGUUGGCAGACCUACCCAUCGACAGCCUCAUUGUUAAUGAGCUUGUUCAAGAGCUGUGUACGGUGAGGUCCAAGCGCCAGUGGGAGAGGAAGGAGACACGCGUGGCCUUCUGGAGAAAGUGCCAUGAGCAAUUCCAGAUUAACCAUACCGGCAAGGAAGCUGCCUACGAAUUCUUCCUAUCCCAAACCAAGGCCUUAGAUCAGGAAAAGCAGGGACAGGAAAAGGAGCUGCUCCCCCUGCAAGAGCGCUGUUUACUCCUGGGUCUGGCUGGUCACUGGCUCUCUAACGUAGAUCCUCCUCCCCUGGACCGUCUGGCCACACUGGAGCGAAGUCAGUGGACCUGCCGCAUGCACUUACAGGUCCACCAAGCUGCCAUGGAGAAGGAAAGCCUGUUUGCCGUGGCAACCCCAGCUGGCACUGCUCCUGAGGAUUCAUUUGAAGCUAUCCUCAAAGAGUUUUCCUUCUCCAAAAUGCCUGCUCUGGAGGACCCAGUGCACCUGACCCUGGAGGCCUUGGCAGCCUCAGAGGAAGAGGAGGCCUCUCAGCUGGACGCAGAGGAGAAGAGUGCCCUGGUUAUAUUGGUGGGUCGACUGCUUGACGAGGGUAGCAUCCACGAGGCUAGCCGUGUGUGCCGGUAUUUUAGGCUGUGGCACCGGGACCUGUUGUUGGUGCUGAAGUGCCGGGGACUGGCGUUUGGGGAGUUGCAGCCUGGCCAGCAAGACCUGCCCAGUCCUGAUGGCUGGCCCAGGAGGAGCUUCCCCAGCUCAUCCAGCUGUGGGAGUUUGUCGUCCUUUGUGGUGGUGGCCUCUCCAGAAGACCAGGUGAUCACACAGCUGCAGAUGCUGGUUGAUGAGUGUUGCCAUGGCAAGAGCUACUGCAAACAGGUUUUGAGCCUGUACGAGCUCUCCAAGGAGCUGGAGUGCUCGUACAGUGAAAUAGCUGCUGAGGAGCCUGAAGCAGUGCUACGUAAAGUGCUGUUGUCCCAGCAGCCUGAGCGUUAUAAGAAAGCCCAGGCUUUCAUUAGUGUUCAGGGCCUGCAGCCUCAGAACGUGGCCCAGCUCGUGUCCUCGGCUGUGGUGCAUGACCUGCUCGCUGCCUCUCAGGAAGGCGAGCCAGCAGAGAGGCGCAUGUUCAACCCAGCGGAUGGGAAAGAUGCCUUCCUGCAGCUGGCAAAGCUGUGCGGUGACCCCAACCUAGUGGGCAUCAAACUCCUUGACAGCAUCCCCGCUGUGCCUGUGUCAGAACUGGCCUGCACUGUGGAGAUCCUCAUCUUGGCCCAUGACUGUUUCAGUCUGACCUGUAAUAUGGAGGGAAUUGUUCGUGUUCUACAAGCUGCACGUCAUCUCAGUCACACACAUCUAAACCACAGCGAGCACUAUAGCCUGUUGGUGCGACUCUUAACUGGUAUUGGCAGAUACAAUGACAUGACAUACAUCUUUGACCUUCUGAAUAAGAACCACCGUUUUGAAAUGCUCCUAAGGAAGAAAGUGGAGUCGAACACAAGACUGAAGACUGCCCUGCUUGACUACAUUAAACGCUGUUUGCCAGGGGAUAGUGAGAAGCACAACAUGGUGGCUCUGUGUUUCAGUAUGUGCCGUGAAAUUGGAGAGAACCAUGAAGGAGCUGCACGAGCUCAGCUCAAAAUCAUUGAGUCCCAGGAAUGGAAAGUGACCCAUGAACUUAAGAGUGCUUUGAUGAAGGUUCUGACACUACUGAAAGAUGCUGCAGAAAGCUAUUCUAAGGAUUCCUGUGUGCGACAGGCUGUGAGAUGUGUGAAAAUGGCCAAACUUGUCACCCUUCAGCUUCACCUUCUGAACCAUGGGCAGGACCGUCGUGUCAUCAACCUGAACCCUACUGAACUGAUGGAUGCCAUUAUGGCUCUGCCUCGCUGUUACCAGUCUUUUGUUGUAGCAGAGGCAUAUGAUUACAGUCCAGACUGGGCAAAGGUGCUUUAUCAGAAAGUCAUCGUGGAAGGAGACUUCACCUACCUAGACGAGUUUAAACUACAUAAACCUCUACCUGCCAGCUUGUUUGAAGACAUAUCCAAAAAGUACGUCCACAACAGUUUUACCUCAUGAAAUCCAAAUCUGAAGAAGCUCCUCCAGCACUGUGAAGAUGUCUACACCCACUACAAACUGGCUUAUGAGCACAAGUUUUUUGAUGUGGCCAACAUGCUUCUGCAGGACAGUUACCUUAGUGACCGUUUGGGAAGCUAA